CUUCUGUUUCUUUCUCCAGCUCCUCGUUUUUUCUCCACUCAACAAUGUCGAAGUUGAAUCCCUCAGCUCAUGAAUACUUCCCGAACGCGAUUUCUCCUCCCAUCGUCACCUACAUGCCGCAUAUGAUCUACCAAAACGUCCGUUUCCCCUCGCCGCCGGCGUACGCCGUGUCUCCGCCGCACGCCGUGGGUUUCUUUCACUGUAAUCCUUACUCCGGCUACUUCGACGGCGGCGUCGCAGCCAUCAAGAAGGUCGCACGGCCGGCAGGUGGGAAAGGGCAGAUCAGUCUCAAGAGCUUUUUCUUGCCUCCUAGGUUGCAGGGAAAGUGCAGAAGCUUCAGCUUACCCAAAAAGGUCGUGAAAACUAAGAUUUGGAAACCGGUGAAGGCGAAGUCCGCCGCCGUCAGAGACGCCGUCAGCGACGGACCCUCUUUAUCUCCGGUGGCCGGGGAUACCACCGUGAUGAUCAGGAACAUCCCGAACCAGUACAGGAGGGGAAGCUUUAUGAAGUUUCUGGAUCGGUACUGCAUAGAGAAUGAUCUUGCAUAUGAUUUCCUCUACCUUCCCAUGGAUUUCAAGACGGACAACAACCUUGGGUAUGCUUUUGUGAACUUCACCACCGCAGUCGGCGCUGCUAAGAUCACAGAGCUGCUAAAGGAUUAUAAAUGGGGUAUUAUCAGGAUGGAAUCUGGGAUCUUCACUUCAAAGAAGAUAUGUGAAAUUAGCCCUGCAAAAAUCAAGGGGAAAGAUGCGCUGGUCGACCAUUUCCAGGACUCAAAGUUCAUAUGUCGAACGACUGAUUACCUGCCGGUGAAGUUUUCUCCGCCGCGAAAUGGGUGGCCGGGCUGUUCGGAGCCACAGACGGUGGGAAAGCUGGUAGGCCCGUUCGGGUAUCAUUAGAUCAGUGCAGGGCUAUAGCUAGGAAAGGAUGAUGAAGAAUGGGCCUGUGUUUUAGUUAUCAACCUGGGUUGAGGAUGUGGAUUAUCCAGGGUGAAAUGGAAACAUGGGAUCAUAUAUGAACUGCUUCCUUCUCUUUUUCUUGUUGAUUUUAAUGCUGUAGUUCUGUAAUAUUAGUAUGUAGAAGAUUUGCUUUGUCUGGCCAGUCAUGGCGGCCGGAGUAAUCUGAUCAUGUAUGAGACCGCCGUGUAGGUUGUUUGUUUAAUCUACUUGAAUCGUUAAUGGAUUGUUAAUGAUCGUGAAAA